GAGGGGUUUGCAUUUGCAGGGCGGAGGAGGAAGGGAGAAGCCUGCAAAGAAGCUGCAGCAGGAGAGGGACGCUUUGCAGCCGCCGGAUCCUGGGGACGUUUACUUGGAAAGCCAGUUCAUGGAAAAGGGCGGAGUACAAGUUAACAAAACCAAAAAAAAGUGAAUAAAGAAAACUUUUCAAAGACAGAGGUGGCCCAAGAAAAGGGGAAGGAGAUGGAAGAGCAGGACCCAGAAGGACCAGGAACUGGCAAGAGAGCAAGAAAGAGCCCCCAUCCCAUCCCACCUGGAAGUGAUGUUGAAUUCUGGGAAAGGGCUGUGUCAGAGGCCCUGGCUAAGUAUACCAUGACCUCAGAUGUGCAUCGCCAAUGUUUCCGGCAGUUCCGCUACCAUGAGGCCGAUGGGCCCCGAGAGGUUUGCAGCCAGCUCCAUGGACUUUGCAGCCAGUGGCUGAAGCCGGAGAGGCACACCAAGGAGCAGAUCCUGGACCUGGUGAUCCUGGAGCAGUUUCUGACUCUCCUGCCCCAGGAAAUGCAGGGCUGGGUCAGAGGAUUUGGGCCGGAGACCAGUUCCCAGGCGGUGGCCCUGGCUGAAGGUUUCCUCCUGAGUCAGGCAGAGGAGAAGAGGCAGGCAGAACAGAUGCUGGGACCACCUUUGGAGAUGGAAGCUGCAAUCCCUGAGGCAGAAGGAGCUUCCUUGGAGCAGGGGCAGAGGGUGCAGGCGGUGGAGCGUGCCCAAGAUGCCCUCUCCUGUGAAGCCAGAAGUAUAAGAGAGACCGUGGUGGAGACCGAGAACAGCCUUGCAUUCGAAGAAAGGCCGCAGAGUUCUUCUACAGGAUCCCAAGAGCAUAUUUCCUUCCCCAAUAAGCUGCCUGAGACAGAGGAUGAUCAGAGGAAUGAGGAGGGUGAGGAACUUCAUCAGCACAUAACAGAUAGAAUUAACAAUGAAGACUUGAACAAAAAUCUCAGGACUCAAGGCAGACCCAGGAGAAAGAAUGGCAUCAGUACGGUUGAAAGCCAUGAUGCAAGAAAGCAGAAUAUACUUUUUCCAAAGCACAGGAUAUUAAAGGCAAGCAAAUCCAUUCAGUUAGGAAAGUAUUUAAAUAAUAGAUCACAGCUCUUUUUGAAUCAAAGUAUAUACAGAGAGGAAAAACCUUCUGAGUACUCAGAGACAAGAAAUAAAUUUAGUCAGAGUAGCAUUCAGCUGCAUCAAAAAACUAACACUGGGGAGAAACCUUUUGAGUGCGGAAACAGAUUCAUACAAAGUGGCAGUCUUCAGCAUCAUCAGAGAAUCCACACAGGGGAGAAACCUUUUGAAUGCUCAGAGUGUGGAAAGAGAUUCAGUACAAGUGGCCAUCUUCAAUAUCAUCAGAGAACCCACACAGGGGAGAAACCUUUUGAAUGCUCAGAGUGUGGAAAGAGAUUCACUUGCAACGGCAGUCUUCAAAAGCAUCAGAGAACCCACACAGGGGAGAAACCUUUUUUAUGCUCAGAGUGUGGAAAGAGAUUCAGUAUGAGUGACAAUCUUCAACGUCAUCAGAGAACCCACACAGGAGAGAAACCUUUUGAGUGCUCAGAGUGUGGAAAGAGAUUCAGACAGAGUGGCGAUCUUCAGCGUCAUCAGAGAACCCACACAGGGGAGAAACCUUUUGAGUGCUUAGAGUGUGGAAGGAGAUUCAGGUGGAGCAGCUAUCUUCAAAAGCAUCAGAGAAUCCACACAGGGGAGAAACCUUUUGCAUGCUCAGAGUGUGGAAAGAGAUUCAAUACAAAUGUCCAUCUUCAGCGUCAUCAGAGAACCCACACAGGGGAGAAACCUUUUGAGUGCUCAGAGUGUGGAAAAAGAUUCAGUAUGAGUGGUCAUCUUCAACGUCAUCAGAGAACCCACACAGGGGAGAAGCCUUUUGAGUGUUCAGAGUGUGGAAAGAGAUUCAGUGAGAGGAGGAAUCUUGAACAGCAUCAGAGAAAGCACAGAGGUGAGAAUCUCUUAGAAUUCUCAAUGUCCAGCCGCAGCUUGCCACACCUGGACUUGUUAAUGGCCCCAAGGGAGGCUUUCAUGAUGGAGAGACACCAUCCCAGUGAAUGAGAGCAAUCCCUUGCCUUGAACUUGCUGAUAAGCUGUUUGCCCAUCAGCCUCCAUUGUUGCAGUGGCAGCUCUCAUCCCAGAGGGUCCAAUGAGGUUAAGGGGAGCAGGUGAUGGGAGGACAGAUUACCGGUAAUUCAUCGGAGAAUCCAAACAGGAGAAACGUUUCAGUGCUUAGAGUGUGGGAGAAGAUUCAGUUAGAGUGGCACUCUUCAGCUGCAUCAAAGAACCCACACAUGGGGAGGAACCUUUGGAGUGUGCAGAUUCAGUCAGUGUGACAAUUUUCAAAAGCAUAUAUAAACUCUUAUAAGGGAGAAGCCUUUUGACUUUUCAGGCUGUGGAAAGAGAUUCUGUUGCAGAAGCACUCUUUGAAGGCAAGUGAGAACCCACCCCAGGAAGACACAAUUUUAAUGCUGGGCUCUUUGAAAGAGAUCCAGUCCAAGAAGUUCUCUUCUACUGUGUCGAGGAACCCGCACGAGGAGGAUCCAUGUAACCUCCUUGCCCGUAAAAAGAGCUUUCCCCCUAUUUCAUAUCUAAAAAACAACCACAGACCACAAAAAGUAUUGAAAAGAUGCCGAUUGCUGUAAAAGGCUGAAAUCUACAAAAGAAACCUUCCUCUAAUCAGAAAGAAACGUUCUCAGUGCUUGGGCGGGGUGGGCGGAGGGUUAGUUGCCAGGCAGGGCCAGUUAGAGUCACGAUGCAGAAGGAACUGGGCCCUGACUGGGAGAGACCAGGCAAGCCUGAUCUUGUCAGAUCUCAGAAGCCGAGCAGGGUGGACUCUGGCAAGGACUUGGAUGGGAGAUCUCCUUGGAAUACCAGCAGUGGGGAAGCAGAGGCAGGCUUUAUUUAGCUACCUCCCUGGAUAUACUCCAGGCCCCCAGCAGGGGUCAGUCACCAGAGGUCGUCAUGGCCUUCAGAUGCGCACACACACACACAUAUGAAAAUACAAAAGAAGAAGAAGGAGAUGCAUCAGUCACUGGUCAUAAGUAUAGCUGAGACUGGACUAAAGCAGCUGGUAAAACCUAAGCCAGGGGUGUCCAAACUGUGUCUCAGGAGCCACAUGUGGCUCUUCCACACAUAUUGUGCAGCUCCUGAAGGUCAAGGAGGAACUUAAUGUAGGUUUACUUUCAAGUAAGCUUCCUUAGCACUGGGACCACAGUCAGCCUUUGAGCACUGAGAUAGGCAGAUAUUUCCACCUUGUGUGAAGGGAGGAAGGAAGGGGAAAUAGGCAGGCGUGCAAGCAUUUUUCCUGCACCACACAGGUCACCCAGGGACCUAGAGCAGGGAAAGACAGUACAAGACCUGAGAGAUCCCCUGGAAGGAGGGAUGGAAGUAAAGGGGGCAGUGCUGGGUUCCCCCCAUAGUUUCAUAGCUCUUGCAGGAACUGCAUUUACUAACCUAAGUGGCAAAGAGAGAUACAACAGAGAUGAAAGAUUUAUAUGGUGCCUGUUGUGGGGAGAAAAAAAAAUAGAAUUGAGGUUGGGGCCAACAUCAAACCAUCAGAGUCAUAUUAAUUUGCUGUUGACCUGUUGCAGUAAAAAGGCUGAGGCCAUGAAGCAUUUUUUCUUUCUGCGUGACCAAAUAGACAGGAAGUUCCUUUCCACUCACACACACACACACCACUAUCACACACAGUCUGGGCCCGACGCCAGCAGGCAGAAGGGGGAGGCAUUGAUACAGAAAAAAAAAUUGCAAUUCACACAAAAUGACCUUACUGCUCCAAAGUGCCUAACUGGGAAAGGAAGAGAUCGUUCUUCUCUUGAGUGUCUGAACAGAUUACAGGAAGGACGGGUUAUCAGAGCCAAGCAAGCUGGAACAGUAAGCAGACAAAUGGUGGCCAGAUUUGGCCAGCAUAAAUUGUUUUAUUACACUCUAUACCAAUAAAAGUAAACAUUCUUCUAAGCACAUCCUCUACAUCUGUCUGAAGUCAUCAAAGGUGUAAAUUAUGACAAUGCAAAAAUGUUAUAGCUUUUGAUCUCAAGUGUAUACAUUGUUUGCAAGCUGGUGUCUUGGGGUCUCUCUAGCCAUGUCCUGAAAACGCCGCUUUUGUCACAGGAGAUCGCUGAGAUUUCUGAGAGCUCUUGUGGGGGGUGGGGAAGAAAAGUGGGCUUCAGCUGUUAUGAAUACUAACAAAUAGGGGAUUUAAUCGUUGUAACUGUUGUGCUUAUACAGUAUGUCUCCUGAGAACGGUGCUCUGUUGGCUGUCGUCCCAGAGUUUAGAAGGUUAGUUGUUAUCAUUAUUGUUAAAUGAAGGAAGUUUUUGGUUUUCAUGCUUAGAGUGUUCUUGGGUAGUUAAUUUUAUAUUGUUAGAUAGGUUUGUAUUUCAAGGAUUCCAGAGCAUUCCCUUGGUAAAGACCUAAAGGGAGGAAAAGAACUGAGCCCUCUGUGGGUUUGAGGGGCCCCUGUGUUGGCUCCCCGCCUCAAGGAAUUCCACCAACACCUGUGUGUUUCCUUCUCCCACUGGUGCCAGAAAACAAUUCCCUAACCUUUACCUUUGAUGGUCUUAUGAGGACUGUUUUUCCCAAGUUUUUUUUUUUUUUAAGUCUUCUAGUAUGGUCGUGUUGUGAAGUGCAUACGUAUGCAUUUAUCUUUCUGUGCAAUGAAAGUAUUAAAAGACGUGUAUAAUGUU